AUGGCCACGCAAGUUGCCUAUCCAGCUGAAUCUUCACGCCAAGGCGAAUUGCGUGCAAAGAAUAACACCAAAACAUCCACGAGGAAGAAUGAAAAGUCUAUAGCUCAGGCCGAAGCAACCGAUGCGACGGUAGAAAACGAGCCCGACAACAUCGAGGGAACACGAAGCGACAACCUUGUUCAGCAAGAAGCGGACUCUGAAGAUGAUCGUGCUUCUCAUCAAUCAGAAGAUGAGACUGAUAACUUUAUAAGCUCGGGAGACUCUGAUUCCGAAGCUGACCCCAACGAGGACAUAUCGGUAGCCGAGACGAAGAGGAAAGAAAAACGAACCAGGAAGGCGAAGCUCUACGAAGACCCUGAAGCAAUGAAGGAGCAUAGAGCUAAGACAAAGGCACGCCGAGAUGAAAAGGAUCAACAAUUGAAGGCACGAAUUGAGAAUGAAGGAACACGCGGAUAUGCUGAGGCCCGCAAGGCACGCGAACCGCCCUCUCCACUCCCGGCAGAAAUACAGAAAAUUUGGCAGAGUCAUUAUUGGGUUGUGAAACAAUGGUGGCUAAAGACUUCAAAAACCAUACCUCCAACCCAGCAAAAGACAAUCAAUAAAGCCAACGAGAAGAUUGGCAAGCACGUCGAACGCAUCGUAUCGGCACCUAAACAGAGGGAAGCCGCGACAAAGUACUACCAAGAGUGGCCUAAGAAGCAAGCACGCGAGAAGCGGGCUAUUAAGACUCGAAAUCCCAACGCUUCGGAAGAUGAUAUUGAUAACGAGCUGGAGAAAAUUUCGAAGAAAUUCAAAAUCGAGCUCGGACUAGAGAUACUCACCAAACAGGAGAUGAUGAACAAGUAUAAAUUCCCCGCAGAGCGACUCUUCAACUCCAUCUGUCAGCUCAAUAAAGGGCUCUCCGAGGUCAGUCGAAAUAAGCAGCCUAACCAUCGAAAGGUAGAAAGAUUCCUUCAAGGGGUUAUAGUCUUCAUGGAAGAGACGCAGAGGGAUUUCGGCAUUGCGGUAACCGACAUCAUGACUGGAGAAGCAAAAAAGAGGUUCCUCGGGUUUAAGGAUUCGUCAGGUCAGUACCAAGAGCUCUAUGAGAAGUUAAGAACCCAGAUCGAGCACCCAACAUGGCAGCAGAAUGAUGCAUGGGAACAAGCAUCCCCCGCCGUAUAUGAUCUUGUUCAUAUGCUGCAAGAUGAUUCUAUGGAAUUGGAUGAUCGACUACAAACUUGCCUGGACACGAUCAAGACACAUAACAUGAAUUUAAAGGAGUCCAAUGAGGUCAACGGCAUCGGUAAAGACGUCAACUGUUUACCCGAGGGGAUCAUAAUGGAGAUGAUCGACCAAUAUAAGAACGGGAACACAGACGGGGUGCAAAAACAGAUUGAGAAAUUGCGGGAGCAACUUGCGAUUCUAAAGCCCGCAGAAGCCACUCUGGCUGCCAUCGAUACGGAAGAACGACCUGAAGAGGUGCUCGAUUCUGAGAUAUCCGACGGACCUGGUGAUAUUACUGAUCCUACCCCCAGUCCUGCCCCCCGUCCUGCCCCCAGUAUUCCAAAAUCUCUUGUUGAGUCAACGAAUCUUCUUGAUGUGGACAUAAACUCGAUCUCGCUAAGCGAAAAUUGCAUCAAGCCUUUUGUAUACAAGGAUGGUAUGACAGAAGACGGACCCGUGGUAGCAGUUCGCCCCUCUGUUUCCGGUAACCCGAGAUUCCAUCGUUUCAUCAUCAACGCUGGUCUGGAUGACGACGAAAAUUGUGAGUACUUCAAGGUUGUCAAAGGUAGUGACCUUGGCCCCGGAGCUGCUGCAGGUAUGCCGCAAGACAAAGAGAUGAAUUUCAAUCUCAAGGAAAGAAAGAAAGACUUUGAAGACCUCGAGAAUGUAAAAAUCGGUCCUUGUGUCGUCAUGCCACGCGCGGAGAGCUACCAGCGCCGCACCGGCGUAAAGGAGCGUCAGCCGGAUACAUACAUCCGGGUCAAGUAUAUGAAGAUCGACGAGACUGACUGGCUAACCAGAAGUGAAUUUUACCAGCUCUGUGGCAGAAGAAAUUGGGCUGACAACAAAUACUUCAACCGGCUCGUUCCAGAAUACUAUAAGAGACAGCUGUUGUUUGAGGCGUGCAAGGCACAAAAAAAGAAUCCCAAGACAAAGUCACCUUUGACAUCGGAGGAUUUUGAAGCCUACCCAUGGUUGUUCCCGAAGGAUGAGGGAAUGGAAAUGCAGCACAAUGUGGAGACGAAAAAGCGGCACGAUAAGGGGAAGAAGAAGCAGGACGAGGAGAUGGAUAUCGAUACCGAGCACAAAUCUGAUGACGGCGAGGACGCCGCCUGA